CGCGGGCCCCCGCGCUUGCGCCCCGGCCUCCUUGCAGGCCCGGCGCGCGCCCCUCGCCUCGCGCCCUCCGUCGCCGGCGGGGCUCGGGCUCCGGUCCGAGGUGAGGCCGCCGCCCGCGCCCUGUCACCGGCCCCCCCACCGCGGCGGCGGCCCGGGAGGAGGAGGAGUUGGAAGAGGAGGAGACGGCCUGAGGUGAGGGGAGGGGAAGAGGGUAGGGCGGGGCGCCCAUCUCUGGCCGCUGCGCCUCUCCGUACUGCCAGCGGCCUGGGGGAGCUCGGGCCGAGGCCGGCCUCGGCGUUCAGCGCUCCUAGACCCGCGGGGGCGCGGGGAGACUCGUUCCUGGGGUCGGCCUAGGGCGCCCCGCCCCCUGGCGCCUCGGCCUGACCUUUGGCCUCGCGACCCCUGGGGGCGGGGCCAUUGCCGCCCCGCCCCGUCCCGAGGGCCCGCUGGGCUCCUUCUCCUUGGCGCAGCCCCCCUCUGCAGCUGGACUCCCGGCACAAAGGAGGAGCCGCCCCUCUGCUUUUCCGGGGCCGAGACCCGGGUUCGAGUCCUCCCCUUGAGCCUCCUCUCCCCAGGCCCGCCGUCCAUGCAUCAGCGCCAGGCCUCCCAGAAUGAAGAAGGCGAGCAGGACGUCCGUCUCAGCGCCCAAAGUGCCGGCCGCAGCUAAGAGCAAGCCGGACAGCCCGACGGGGGCCCGGCUCUCCAGGCCCGGCUCGGCCCCCUUAGCCAAGGCCAAAAGCAACGACGACCUCCUGGCUGGCAUGGCCGGCGGGGCCCCCGGGGCCAACAGCAUGAAAGGGAAGAAGACGUGUCCGGUGACGGCCUCCACCUCGAGCCUCUCCGUGGCCAGCGCCUCGGACAGCAAGACCAAGACCGGCCCAGGGACCAUCUCCAAAAGAAACCCGUCCGUGGGGAGCCGAGACUUGGGCUCCAGCUGCUCCCGGGAGCGGCUGCGGGAGCGCUCCCGGCCCAGCCUGGGCAGGAGGGUGCCGGCGGCGGGCCAGAACCCCGGCGACCCGACGGCGGCCUCGACCAAGCGCUCGCGCAGCCGCGGAGGCCGGGACACGGACGUGCGCAUGAGCAAGUCCAAGUCGGACAACCAGAUCAGCGACCGGGUGGCCCUGGAGACCAGAGUGCAGGAGCUGCUGCGGCUGGCCCAGGCCAAGGAGGAGGAGAUCGUCCACCUGCGGGACCAGCUGCACGCGCUGCGGCUGCGGCUGGGACUGCCCGAGGAGGAGCCACCCGAGGCCGUGUUGCCGCCGGACCGGGACGCCGACGUCCGCCAGAAGCUGGGCCGGCUGAAGAGCGAGAACCGCAUGCUGCGGGACCGGCUGGACGCCCUGGGCUUCUCGCCCGACGACGGGCCCUUGCCCAUGGUGGCGGUGGCAGGCGGCAGCCCCGGCGAUGGGGGAGUGCUGGGCUCCUCAACCGAGGGCUCGGCCCUGGGCUCCCUGGAGGACCUGCUGAACCCGGACGAGCCGGCGCCCAUGGACACCCCGGGCAGCGGCGAGGAGGGCCCGGGGCCGUGGCGCUCGCCCUCGCCGCCCACCGAGGCCGUGUCAGCCGUGGCCUGCCUGACCGAGCGCCUGCAGCAGAUGGAAGAGAACCAGCACAGCACCUCGGAGGAGCUGCAGGCCACGCUGCAGGAGCUGGCCGACCUGCAGCAGAUCUCGCAGGAGCUGGGCGGCGAGAACGAGCGGCUGGGCGAGGAGCGGCUGCUGCUGCUGCAGUCGCUGGGCCAGCAGAGCGAGCGCCUCGAGCUCCUGGGCCGCCAGGUGGAGUACCUGCGCUCGCUGCUGGACGAGCACCACGUGGCCUAUGUCCUGGACGAGGACGUGCGCAGCGGCCGCUACCUGGAGCUGGAGCAGCGCUUCCUGGAGCUGGCCGAGAAUGCGCGAUUCGAGCGCGAGCAGCUGCUGGGUGUGCAGCAGCACCUCAGUGCCGCCCUGCACCUGGCCGAGCAGGAUGCCCAGGACGGGCAGGAGCUCAUCCGCGCCCUCAAGGAGCGCAACCUGCACAUGGAACGGGCUCUGGAGGCUGAGCAGAAGAACGCCGCCUCCCUGGCGGCUGCCCUCGAGCAGCAGCAGGCCACCGUGGCCAGCGACCAGCUUGAACUGGGCCGCCUGCGCACCCAGCUGGAGAGCGAGAAGCAGCGUGUGGCCGAGCUCUACUCCCUCCACAGCGCCGGGGACAAGUCUGACAUCCAGGACCUUCUGGACAGCGUGCGUCAGGAGAAGGACAAGGCCGAGGCCCUGGCCGGCAGCCUGCAGGAGGACCUGACCCAUGCCCGUGCUGAUGUCACCCGGCUGCAGGACACCAUCACCAAGAUCCAGGACGAAUCACGAGGUUUCCAAGAGGAGGCCCAGAAAAAGAUGGGCGAGCUGAACGUGCAGUUAGAGAAAUUGAGGUCUGAGCUGGAGGAGAAAGAGACGGAGCGAGGAGACAUGAAGGAGACCAUCUUCGAGCUGGAGGAUGAGGUGGAGCAGCACCGGGCUGUGAAGCUGCAUGACAAUCUCGUCAUCUCGGAUUUGGAGAACACCGUCAAGAAGCUCCAGGAUCAAAAGCACGACAUGGACCGAGAAGUCAAGACGCUUCACCGACGGCUACGGGAGGAGUCUGCUGAGUGGCGGCAGUUUCAGGCAGACCUGCAGACGGCUGUGGUCAUAGCGAACGACAUCAAGUCCGAGGCCCAGGAGGAAGUCGGGGACCUAAAGCGCCGGCUCCAGGAGGCCCAGGAGAAGAACGAGAAGCUCUCCAAGGAGCUGGACGAGGUCAAGUCCAGGAAGCAGGAGGAGGAGCGCGGCCGGGUGUACAACUACAUGAACACGGUGGAGAGAGAUCUGGCCGCCCUGCGGCAGGGCAUGGGCCUGGGCAGACGCUCGUCGGCGUCCUCCGAGCCCGCCCCGACCGUCAAGACCCUCAUCAAGUCCUUUGACAGCGCGUCGUCCCCCCAAGUGACUUCCUCGGCCCAGGCCGCCGCGAUGCCUCGAACCCCGCUGAGCCCGAGUCCCCUGAAGACGCCCCCGGCGGCCGCCGUGUCCCCGAUGCAGAGACACUCCAUCGGGGGCGCCCUGGCCUCCACCAAGUCCCUGACCACCCUGUCGGACAAGAGGCCCGCCUACGGGGACCUCCCCUGCCAAGAGCGCCUGCUGCGGGCCGGCUCGGUCAGCAGGCCGGCGCCGUUACUGAGAGUCCCGGCCAUGGAGGGCGCCAAGGCCAUCUCAGCGCCGCCGCGUCGAAGCAGUGAGGACGUCAAGCGGGACAUGACGGCGUCGGACGGCCCGUCCACGGCCUCCCUCAUGGCGAUGGGGCCCUCGUCCCCCCAGCUGGCGCACCCCUCCCCCACCGCCUCCGUCACCCCCACGGCCCGGAGCCGGAUCCGGGAGGAGAGGAAGGACCCGCUGUCGGCCCUGGCCCGAGAGUACGGAGGCUCCAAGAGGAACGCCCUGCUGAAGUGGUGCCAGAAGAAGACGGAAGGCUACCAGAACAUCGACAUCACCAACUUCAGCAGCAGCUGGAACGACGGGCUGGCCUUCUGCGCCCUCCUGCACACCUACCUGCCCGCCCACAUCCCCUACCAGGAGCUCAGCGGCCUGGACAAGAAAAGGAACUUCUCACUGGCCUUCCAGGCGGCCGAGAGUGUCGGCAUCAAGUCCACUCUGAACAUCAGCGAGAUGGCGCGCACCGAGCGGCCGGACUGGCAGAGCGUCAUGCAGUACGUGACGGCCAUUUACAAGUACUUCGAAACCUGACCCGCCCCGCCAGGGUCCCGCCCGCACACGCGUGCCUUCCCGGAGCCGGGCAGGGCGUGUUCCGUGCCGUCCGGCCAGCCCGGAGCUCUUAGCGGUACCAAAGCGACGCGACGCUCCGAUAGGCCCAGGCGGACGCCGGGAAGGAAGAAGGGGGAGAGGCCGGGCCGGGGGCUCCCCCCACCCUGGGCAGGAGCUCAGGCAAGUGCCUUGGCUGUCCCGGGCAGGCCGAGCCCGGCUCCCGGGAGACGGCGCCCUCUGAGUCGGCCCUCUUCGUUCUCUGAAUGCAUUAAAAGGUUCCCCCGGCGGGCGGCUGGUCGCCUUUCCUUCCCGCGGCUCGCCUGCUCCCGGGCACGGACGACGUCGGGCCGGCCGGUUCUCUGUACGUGCUUCCUUCCGGCCCCCGAGCUCCGUCCUCUUCCCGUCGUGCCCUGCCUUCCCCGGCACGUCAUCUCCCACCAGCGCGCCUUUGCCCAGCCUUACGCGGCAGGGCCACCUCCUAAAUGGUCCCCGCGGCUCCUGCGCGGCCCCGAUUUACAGGUGAAGAAACUGAGGCCCGAGGACUGGACGGGGGCUUUCCAGCUCCACCUGUUGCCCGGCCAGCCUUCAGAUCGCUGCACAAGACCUCGGCUGCGGCCCCCCAAGGAUGAUGGCGGGAGAAAGGCCGGGGGGGGGCCGGGGAGACGUCGUGCGGCCCCAGAGGGGUGACCGUCCGGGGCCGCCUUCCCAGACCCCCGUGGGAGAACGCGGGCGGCAUGCUGGAAGGCGACGGCCUUCCCUAAGCAGCUCCCUCCGAGCCUUACACGGUCACUCCCUUCCCUGGCGACACUCUCUCCGCGGAGGCUUCUCCUACCCCCGACUGCUGCCGGCCAGCCUCCCGUCUACACCGCACGUCUCAAACCGGCCCUCCGGGGGUCUGUCCCCCACCUUCCUUGUCAGUGUGGACGACGGCCAUCUUCCCUGACCUGAGUCACCCCCCAAUCCCAUGCAGCUCUGCACAAGUCUGGUUGAUUUCACCUCCUCUCCAUUUUGGCUGGUCAUUUUCACCUCUGCAGCUGCUGGUAGAUUUCACUUCAAUAACUCCCAUCAGUUUCACUCCUCGCCCCACCCCUUUUCCAACAGGUCGGAUCAGGGGCUUCUGCCCGCCUCAGUCAGCCGCUUCUCCAUCUAGUCAGUCGUCUUCCGUUCAGACACCAAAGGAUCUCCCUGAAGCCCAGGCCUGACCAUGCCAUCCCCUACUUAGGCUCCAGGGACUUCCGAUUUCCUCUGGGAUUACGUAUAAAAUCCGAGCCCCCUUCUACCUCUCCAGUCUCCUCACACCUGGCGCCCCAACAGGGACUCUGAGCCAGUCCACCUGCUCUUGGUUCUUGUUCUGGCCGGGAUCCCUUCCUGGAACCCUCUUCCUCCUCUGUUCCUGCUCCUGCUCUCCCUGGUUUCCCUUAAGGCCCACCUUACGUCCCCCCUCCUCCUGGAAGCCCACCAUCUGUUCAUGACUUCCUGUUCAUCCUGUACAGAGCUUGUUUUGUAUAUGUUUGCAUGUGGCCUCCCCCAUAGACUGUGAGCUCCUUGAGGGCACAGACUGGUUUUUGCCUUCGCUCUUAGCACAGUACCUGGCACACAGUAGGUGCUUAAUAAAUGUUUACGGACGGGA